AUGCGGCCCGUGGGAAGACAUAACACACAGCCACAUUACCGCGGCUUGGACGGCUUUUCCUACGUGGCAGACGAGGCUACUUUAAAGGCCCUGUUCAAAAAGGUGAUUCUGCUAGCUCUAGGGAAUUUGCGACAUGCAUUGGAGAAGGGAAGCGAAGAGCUCCUUAUGCCGCAUCAACGAGGCUAUCCUAUCACCUAUAACCACUACUUCACCGAAACACUCUAA